AUGGUCAAACGAAAAUCGUACCGCGCGGCCAGCGCAGUCCAGCCAACGUCGGCUGGUACGUCGCAAGUGGCAGUAGUCAUUCCAGACAAACCGCCUCGGUAUCCGCGACGGUCCUACAAGUAUUACAAGGAGUCGGACAUAGUUCGUAAGGUACUGAAAGAGAAUGAGGGGGCGGACACUGUAAUGUACGAGGUUCAAUUUGAGGAUUACCAUAACGAGACUGUACCAUUCGAUCGUCUCCUCGGUCUUGAAAACGGCGAAAAGGCUUUACAAACCUUCCAAGAGCAUCCUGAUACUGAAUCACUGGACGAAGAUUCGGAUAUAGACAUGAAAUUACGAAUAACCAACAGGAGGAAAAGCCCCGAGGAGGAUUUCUCUGAUGGAGAAGGUUUCGAUACAGAUGAUGGCAGUAGUGACCUCGAUCCAGUUGUUCAGAAGCGAAAAGGCCGACCUGUUUCGACAGAGCACUAUAGAGGGUCUAGAGCGGGGCGCAGAAAGAAAAGGCGCGCCGUCGACUCUGAUGACGACUCUGAAUUCAACAGUCGACGUCGGUCUAGGAGAACCACCGCGUCACGGAAUACCAGAUCUUCAACAGUGGCAUCAGGACCAGCUCGACGUAGUACUCGCGCGUCCACGGCAAUAGCUAUUGACGAUUUCGAAGACGACGAAGACGAGUCUUCAUCUGGAAGCGAAAUGGAACUGCUUCGAUCAGAUGUAGCACCACGCCGAAAACGUCGCCGGCUUGGACCGGGUCGUCAACAAUUGCUUCGCAAGAAGAUCCCAAAGGAAGGGACUCGAAAGUCAGAUCGCGCAACAAGACAUCAGACCAACAUGCAAGAGGCAGGCCUGGAGGAUGCGUAUCGGUCAGACUCCUCUGAAGACCUAGCAGCACCUAAAGCAAUCACGAGUGUUCGAGAAUACUUCCAGGAACUGCCAAGAAACUCAGAGUUCAGAGGCCGUCACAUCAUGCAUUGCGAAACAUGCGGCAAUGGAACCUCUGCUGGGCCCCUGAUUCAUUGCCAAGGCUGUAUCCUUAGCUACCAUAAGCAGUGUCUUGGUCCCAGAAACCAAAGAGAGCAUUUGGUAACGAAGAUCGGACACCAUGACUUUGUCUUGCAAUGCCGACGUUGCGUCAAUACUGCAAGGAAGCGCGAGCAGACAGCGCCAGACUUUGCAAAGUGUCAAGCCUGUAACGAGGUUGGCUUAUCGUGUAUUCCGUUUCGAGAACGCAAAACGCCUAUGCAAGAGCAAAAGGAUCGCGAGAACAACCACGGCGAAGACCCUAUCGCUAACGUCAAUCCCAAACUCAUUAAUAAUGUGAACAAUGUCAUGUUCCGCUGCAACAAGUGCACCCGUCCUUUCCACUUCCAUCAUCUCGAACCACGGUCCACCCAUCAUAUGGAUAUAGACAGAGACGAUGAAGAAGCAGCGAGCGAACGCUAUGGCGAGUAUUGCCGUGACUGGCUGUGUAAAGACUGCGUGUCAGCGAAGAAGGUUGCUACGCUGAUAGCGUGGCGUCCUCGAGAUCUGGACACUUACCCGGCUGGACUUGGCGCUGAAGACAUGGACGAAGACGAUAUUGAAUACCUCGUCAAGUGGGAUAAUCAGUCCUACUUCCGAGCUACUUGGAUGCCCGGUCCGUGGGUUUGGGGAGUCACUGCUCCUGCUAUGCGCAAGGCCUUCCUCAAGCGAGAAGACGGGCCCAAGAUGCGAACAGAAGAUGCGAUUCCUGAGGAGUUUCUGCGCAUUGAUAUUGUCCUGGACGUGCGCUACACGAGUAUCGUCGACAUCCGGACCGAGGAGAUCGAUAAAGCCCGUGUCAAAGAGGUCGACGAGGCUUUGAUCAAAUAUAAAGGUUUGGGUUAUGAAGAUGCUGUAUGGGAGAAGGUCCCCGAGCCUGAAGACGGCGACAGAUGGGUUGACUUCGUGACGGCUUAUAACGACUGGGUCUUGGGCAGAUACAUUCACGCCCCCAAGCAGGGCCCUCUUAAGAUCCGCCUGGAGAAACUUCGAGCACAACCUUUUGCUAAGUUGGAGAAAACUAAGCAGCCGGAGAAUCUUAUUGGUGGUGAGCUCAUGAAGUACCAGGUAGAAGGUCUCAAUUGGCUCUACUACCAAUGGUAUUGUCAAAAGAAUGGCAUCCUCGCUGAUGAGAUGGGGCUUGGAAAGACGAUUCAAAUCAUUGGCUACAUGGCGACGUUGGUUCAAGAUCACAACUGUUUCCCCUUCCUGGUCGUUGUACCAAACUCCACUUGCGCCAACUGGCGAAGAGAGAUCAAGCAGUGGGCGCCUUCAUUGCGCGUUGUCACGUAUUUUGGGUCUUCUGCCGCUCGCAGUAUGGCUUACCGACACGAGAUGUUCCCCGAGGGAAGCAAGGAUCUUCGCUGUCACGUUGUGGUCACUUCGUAUGAGGCUGCCAUUGACGAUUCCAGUAGGAAGUUUUACAGAAGUGUGCAUUGGGCAGGUCUGAUCGUUGAUGAGGGCCAACGCCUGAAGAGCGAUAAGAGUCAGCUUUACAAUGCACUGAACUCUCUUCGUGCACCUUUCAAAGUACUCCUUACUGGCACACCUUUGCAGAAUAACGCGCGAGAACUGUUCAACCUUUUGCAAUUCUUGGACGACAAGUGUGAUGCGGCUGCACUUGAAGAAAAAUAUGCCGAGAUGAAUAAAGAGAACAUCACUGAGCUGCACGCUCUCAUACGACCCUUUAUCCUCAGACGAACCAAGGUCCAAGUACUUACUUUCCUCCCUCCCAUGGCACAGAUCAUCGUUCCUUUGACCAUGAGCUACCUUCAGAAGAAGCUUUACAAGUCUAUUCUAGGCAAGAAUCCUGAGCUUUUGAAGGCUCUGUUCUCGGCUACAAACAAAUCUGUCAAACCAACUGAGCGGGCGAAUCUCAACAAUCUCUUGAUGCAACUCAGAAAAUGUCUUUGCCACCCGUUCAUCUACAGUCGAGAGAUUGAAGAGCGCACUGAAGUAGCGGCGAUUUCUCAUCGAAAUCUGGUCCAAGCUUCUGCAAAGCUUCAAUUAUUGGAGCUCCUCCUUCCGAAACUGCAAGAACGGGGCCAUCGUGUCCUCAUCUUCAGUCAAUUCCUGGACAUGCUCGACGUCGUCGAGGACUUCCUCGAUGGCCUGCAGAUGCGCUAUCAGCGUCUCGACGGCACCAUGGGUUCGCUGGAGAAGCAAAAACGUAUUGACGAAUUCAAUGCUCCAGAGUCUUCUUUAUUCGCCUUUCUUCUGUCAACUCGUGCGGGUGGCGUUGGAAUCAACCUCGCCACGGCUGACACCGUUAUAAUUCUUGACCCAGAUUUCAAUCCUCACCAGGACAUUCAAGCCCUUUCACGUGCUCACCGUAUAGGGCAGAAAAAGAAGGUGCUUUGUUUUCAACUGAUGACCCGGUCCAGCGCUGAAGAAAAAAUUGUUCAGAUCGGGCGAAAAAAGAUGGCCCUAGACCACGUCGUCGUAGAAUCAAUGGGUGACGAAGACAUUGAAGAGAAAGAUGUGGAGUCUAUUCUAAAGCACGGCGCUACUGAGCUGUUCUCUGAGGAAAGCACGAACGAUAUCAAGUUUGAUGACGCUUCCGUAGACAAGCUGCUGGACAGAUCACAGAUGGAGGAAACGAAAGCAGGCGCGGAAAAUUCAGCAGAGUCGCAAUUUAGCUUCGCUAGAGUGUGGGCAAACGACAAGGGUGCUCUCGCGGAGGAUAUCGAUGUGCCAGACGACGAGCCAGAACAAAUGCCGGAUCCUUCUCUUUGGGAAAACAUCCUGAAGGAACGUGAUCGUAUUGCCGCAGCUGAGGCUGCAGCGAAACAACGGGAUCUUGGAAGAGGCAAGCGUGCUAGAAACACCAUCGACUACACGCUUCAAGACGAAAAGGCCGAAGCUGGGGACAAUGCGCCUUCACCAGCGAAGCCAAAGCACCGAAAGAAGAAGUCCGCGAAUGAUAGCGAUACAGACUUCCAAGCCGAAGGAAGCAGUGAGGAAUCCGGAGAGGAGGAAAUCGGGGCAAAUGAUGGUACUGAACACUCACCCAAGAAGAACUCCGAGGGGCAAAAGAAGAGCUCGGGUAAGAAAACCUUUUCUUCUCCUAAGUCUCAAAAGUCGCCAAGUAGGAUUGGAAAAGCGACAUUCUCUGUCCCUACCAUAACCAUUGAUCUGUCCAAACCGUUCGGCAUGUUGAAGGGGCAAAGCAAGCCCAAGGCAGUCAACCUGCCUCAAAGCCCGCCAAGAUCAGCUGCUAAACAUCAAACUCUUGGAAAUCUCGCGAAAGUCUUGCCGACCACGCCAUCUGCACGGCCUCUCGUCGACUUCCCUGCGGGGGAGAUUGUCCGUGUACGAGUACCUACAGUUCCAAACCCCGACGGCAUGCUUCCGUAUCCCCCCUCCUCACAAGCUUGCCACGCAUGUACCAAGAUGCAUCCCAAAGGGGCAUGUCCCCUGAAAGUUGCAGGCGUGGAAUACUGCGGCCUUUGCGGACUGGCACAUUAUGGUAUUCAACGGGUCUGCCCGCAUUUCCACAGCGAGACACAAGUCCGCGAGAUGCUCCAGGCCCUCAAGAGCUCUGGCGAGCCAUCAAACAUCGUUGAGGCUGCAACAAAGUAUCUUCGAGGGUUGAAAGGUAAUUUAGUACAAGAGAAAAAGAAGCGACGAGAAAAGGCCAUGGGCUUAGCUACUGGGGCUCUUGCAGCGAACGUCAAAGGCGUAAGGCCGACAGUUCCUGGACAGGUUGUAAAUUCGAUGCAACCAGGCGAAAGCAACGGGCACCUUUCAGAGGAGGCUAGAGCUCAUUCUCAACAAAUACAGAAUGGGAUCAAUGGAAUCAAUGGUACUAACGGUAAUAUCGACGAUGACAGCGUUGCGUCAGCACUGAUGGGUUAUCUUGGGCGUUGA